GAGAAUAACAUGUUAUAAGAAAUAAUCGACAUUUCCGGUUUAUUUUUAAGAUUUAUUUUUGCUGAUUUAUGAGAACCUAUUUCAGUAAACUCUGAAUGUUCGUAUUUAUUCAGUUGAAACAAAUACAGAAAGAUGUCAGAGGAUUUGUUGAAACAGUUGGGCAGCUACAAAGCACAGUUGCAACAAGUGGAAGCCGCCUUAUCAACCGACCCUGAAAAUGAAGACCUUCUCAAAUUACAGAAAGACUUAUCGGAAGUCAUAGACUUAACAAAAGACCUCCUGACGUCGCAGCCCUCCGAAGGUACUGCUACUGCCAACAGCUCAGAUGCAGCCCCCCUGAAACAUAGGUGGAGCGUUGGGGACAGGUGUAUGACUGUGUGGAGUCAGGAUGGACAGGUGUAUGAAGCUGAGAUUGAGGAGAUAGACGGCGAGAAUGGCACGGCGGCCAUCACCUUCUCCGGCUACGGGAACGCAGAGGUGGUGCCACUGCAGAACCUCAAGCCUGCCGAGGAGGGCAAGCACUCUGAGGAAGACGGGAAAUCCAAGUCCAGGAAAGAGCAGAUAGCAGACCAGAGGGAGUACAAGAAGAAGAAGGCCCAGAAGAAGGUGCUGAGGAUGAAGGAACUGGAACAGGAGCGAGAAGACCAGAAAUCCAAGUGGCAGAGUUUUAACAACAAGGCCUAUAACAAGAACAAGAAAGGACAGGUGAAGAGGAGUAUAUUUGCAUCGCCGGAGAGUGUAAACGGCAAGGUGGGAGUAGGAACAUGUGGCAUAGCAGACAAACCUAUGACCACGUAUCACGACACAUCCAAAUAUAACGUCAGGCAUCUAAUGCCACAGUGACCUAACAUUUUAUCUUCGUGUAAAAGUAUCCUAUUGUAUAGUAGCAAGAUCAUUGCUUACCUUUGUGUUUAUAUGGUUUGGGUUACCCCAGUAAAGGAGCUUUGAAACAAAUUGCUUGCUCACCAUUGGUUGCCUCAUUGGGAAAUUGUCCUUACCAGUAUUAUCACAUAGAACAGCAGCAUUCUUAAUAAAAUAAAUAACCACUGUGAUGGAGUUGCAGCACAAAUAAUGGUUGUGGUGAAAUUAGUCUGGGUUGCUGUAUCCUUCUGAAUGCAACAAAGGCCAAAAAACUAUUUCGAUGUUUUCAAUGUUACACAUGUAUAAUAGAUUUUUCAGGUUGAACUAGACUAUAUACAUUUUUACGAUUUAGUGAUAAGACCCUUUUUAAAGCAAGUCAUAUAAAGCUAAUUUUACAUCUCAGUUUUGUACAUUUACAGGGAAACAACUUGUUUUUUGUUUAGAGGUAAGAUGUUCCUCAUUUUUCCCUGAACCCUGAAUUUUUCAUAUUGGUACUGAAUGUUGUUUAACACAGUUCCUCCAGAUGGCAGUAAUGUAUUUUAUACCGUCUUUGUUCUGUGAUGUAUGUCAAUGACCUUAUGCCACUGCGGGUGAUAUAAGCUUUUUUUUAAAUAAAAUAAAAUCAGGGAUGAGUUGUGGAUUCUCCUAUUAAACCUU